AUGAAAGGAAUCGUCGUUACCAUUUUCCUCUUUCUGGCACACCUCUGUUUCGGCUUUAAAAAAUUCGCGCCCAACCAGGCUCUGAAUGUUGUAUCCAGAAGGGGGAGCCCAAGCAGCAGGUCCUCGCAAAAGCUGCACGAGUCUAAGAGCAUAGAUCUGGCCAAUGACCUCAAGGAGAAUGACCUGAUUCCGAACGUGAAAGUUAUGAUCGACGUGCACAACAUGAGUGGCACGGACCAGCCGGGGGAGGAAAACGACUUCAAAGCCAUCGACACGCACGAGCUGUUUAAGAACAAAAAGAUACUCCUGAUAAGCCUGCCGGGAGCUUUCACCCCCACCUGCACGUCCAAAAUGAUACCGCAGUAUGAAGACGAAUACGAUUUCUUCAUUAAGGAAAAUAAAUUUGAUGACAUCUACUGCAUCACCAACAAUGACAUUUUUGUGUUAAAAAGUUGGUUCAAAAAUAUGAACAUAAAAAAGGUGAAAUAUGUGAGUGAUGGGAAUAGCUCCUUCACGGAGAGUAUGAAUAUGCUUGUGGAUAAGUCCAAUUUCUUUAUGGGCAUGAGGCCUUGGAGGUUCGUUGCCAUAGUGGAAAAUAACAUCCUAAUAAAAAUGUUUCAGGAGAAAGACAAGCAACAUAAUAUGCAGGCGGACCCGUACGAAGUUUCCUCCGUUGCGGCUGUUAAGGAGUUCCUUCGGCAGAACCAGCUCUGAGGGGGGGUGAUAGAAGUGAGAGUGAUAGAAGUGGUAGUUAUAGAAGUGGUAGUGAUAGAAGUGGGAGUGAGAGAAGUGGGAUGGGUUGACCCUGCCGAAUUGUUGAGCUUUGGUUCCCAUCGUUUAGAAGGCCCAACCGUUUGUGGGGGUCCCAACGAAAGGCGCAUUUCAUCGAAGUGUCUUUCCCUUGUGGUGCACGGAAGUGAGCGUGGGCAGUCAUUUGUUUACAUUAGCGUAGUUGUUUAUUUUAUUUUUUUUUUUGCAUUUUUCAUCUGACACGCAGAUGUGUACGGGGGGUGAACUUGUGUGUGCACCGGGGCUCUCCCAGGCCCAGUUGGGAGCCUUCAGCGAGCGGCUCUGCACGAAGCAUGCGAAGUGUGCCCGCGCAGUCUCAUUUGUACAGUUGACUAUUUAAAAUUAAUUUGGCAAACAUAAAUGAGUGUUCACUUAAACAGUUG